ACUAAAAGCGUGCAUUUUAUAGAACUUUUUUGAUAGAAAAUUUCAGAGGGAAGAGAAAAAUAAUAAAAAAUGUUUGAGAAUUGGUUAAAAACUCGUUUAAAGGAAUUAAAAAUUGAUGUCGGCGUGUAUUUAAGUUAUAUUACUGGUGUACUUGAAGAUAGUAUAGAUGAUGACGAGAAAAGAGAAACGUUGACUGAUAUAAUCAGUUCCUUGAUUGAAUCUGAUACUGAAAAGUUUGUAAAUGAAAUAUUUGAAAAAUGGACCGAAGCAUAUGGAAUUCCAAAACCAAAGGAAGUCAAGAAGCAGGAAGAAGUUGACAUAGCUAAAAUGCUCGAAACGCAAGCAAAGUUGUCACAACAAUCUUCAAACUAUCAAAAGCAGCAAUUGUCUGAAGAACAGAGGCGCAUUAAAGAACAAAUCCUUGCAAACUACUCACAAACUGAAUUUAAAGACGAAAACUUAGAUGAUGAGGAAGUAGAAGAUGUACAUGAAGUUGAUCCAGAUUUGGAGAAAAAUACCAAUAAGUCAGACGUUCAAAAAUUAGCAAAAGAAAAACGUGAACAGGCAAGAGCUGACUCGGCACAAAAGAAGUUAAAGGAUAAAGAGGAUAGAGCUAAACAGAAAGCUAAUCGUGAUGAAAAGAAGGCUAAUAGAAAAGCAUCAGCUGUAAAAGGGGAGCGAAGACGAUGAUGAAAUUAUAUCCUUAAAAUUGUUCCCA